GACAGUCAGGAAGUUCCCAUUCUGCCAAGAAGGUUGACAAAGGAGCUCAUGUAAGAAUAGAGCCAGUCAUAAGCGCAUGUGAACGAUACUUGCAGUGGACUAAAAUUUGAACAAGAAGAUGCUGCGUUUACUCAUUCUGUUUUUGAUUCUUCAAGGUUUAGCUGCAACAUCAGAAGACACAGAAGGGAAUUCUUCAGGAGCUGAUGGUGACGAUGAGGAUGGUGAUGGGGAUUUUAUUAGGGAAGCAAGAAAUGGGGUACAUAUUGUUGAAUCAGAAGGUCCUCAAGAAAUUCCAGGUCCUCAAGAAAUUCCUGGAUUAGAUAAAUCCAGAGGAGACGAAGCUGGAGGUGGAACCUUGGUAAUCAUCAUAGCGGCUGUUAGCGUCACAAUUCUGGUCAUUGUGUGUAUUGUAGCUUUUGUCCUCUUCAGACGCUACCUGCAAAACCGAGAACAAGGGGUCUACUCUGUGCCAGUAGAGCAAGGACAGAAAGCUGCUGUCUAACCGUCAGGGCCUUUUCAUUUCCUCUCUCCACUGGAUCCUUUCAGGGACGUGCCGCAAGCGUGUGAUUUCUCAUCCCAGCGUAUCUAUAUCUAUAGCGGAUUCUAUAACGUCCGUAGACCAGAGUGUGUUGCAAUCAUUAAUUUUCUACGAAUCGUUUUAAAUGCACAACGUGUAGCAUUCCUGCACAGAUGCCAUAUGUUGCACUCACAGAGAAAGUCCCUGAACUGUGUAAAACAGCUCAUUGGACAUUUUCCCUCUCCACCUGCAAUAUUUUUGUAUUUAAACCAAGUUCAGAACCUUUCUUAAAGGUGUCGUGUGUAAUAUUUUUUUCUUCUAAAAACGAACCCAUUCAUAGUUGUUUUCCACACACAGUACCUGUUUAUUUGAACACCCUGACACAACAACAUUGGCUUAACCAAUGGCGUGAGUUUGGGGGCGGGACUGUCUGUUCGACUAGCCUAUGGUAGACAAGCUGCAGCUUUAAGCAAACAUUCUCCCGUUUUUCUUUCCAGUACUCUAAUGUUAGCGGUCCCCUGUGCGCUAAAGUAAUAAAGCUGGUCUCCAUCGCUCUGAUUAUUUGACAAAAUAGAGAAAGAAGCGGAGAGAGAAAUGCGAACACGGUGAAUUAAUCAACUUCUCUAAAUGAUGUUGUUUUCUUUUUCCUUUUCUUUCACGGCGGACAACUCUUCUAAAGCACUGCAGAUUGUAAAUAGCUCUGGGUUGCUGGGUGGCAGAUUAAAGUUUCAUCCUGUUAGCUUUAAUGGGGAUGGAGGCAAUCCGAUGGGUGGGCGAAUAAGGAUUUGAAAGACACACAACCCCUCGUACAGUGGGCGUCCAAAAGUCUACUAGUGAAGUGUUUAGCAUGUUCCUUGUCAUAAGAUUAUCAGCAUAACAGCAUAAAUUA